AUGAUCGGGAUAUAUAGGUUUGUGAAUUUCCGGAAGAGUUGGCUGCUGGUGGUGUCGAUGGUGAUUUCCACGGGGGCAGCAGGUGUGCUGCCCCCGGUUAUGGCGGUUCUCACGGGGCGGGUGUUCAAUCUGCUGGCGAAUUUUGCCGAGGGAGACGAUGUCGGUGGCGAGAUUGUCAGGCGCUCGAUGGCGAUCAUGGCUCUCGGGGCAGCUUCGCUGCCCGUAGUGUGGGCUAGCAUAUACUGCUGGAUGGCUUUGGGGGAACGGCAGGGCUUCAGCGUCAGACGGAGGCUGCUUGACAGCUAUUUGGCAAAUGCGUUCGAAUGGUACGACGCGAGGGAAGACUUGGCUGGAAAAUUCACACAGCUGAAUCGGAGCGUGGAAGAGCUGCGGGCCAGCUCCGCUGAGGCUUCUGCGGUGCUCAUCCGGAGUCUGGUGACGAUCGCAGCGCUCAUAGGCACUUGUUUCCACGCUUCGUGGUCUCUGACGUUGGUGACACUCUGUUCGGCUCCGCUGAUAAUAGCGUGCACCUACUUCUUUUCGCGAUUGGUUCAGAAAUAUGCUGACCGGGAGAACGAGCAGAUCAGUAAGGCGUCGCAGCUGGUGGAUUGGUCGGUGAACGCUGCUCAGUUCAUCAGGCUGUCUGGGACGGAGUUGCGCGAGGUGCAGAAGUUCAAGGGUUGCAUCCAGAGAAGCGCCGAGAGUUUCAUCAGAAUGUGUCUGUAUGCGUCGCUUAAUACAGGCGUGCUCAGAUUCUUGACGUUGGCAAUGUUUGUACAGGCAUUUUGGUUUGGAUCCACGAUGAUCCGCAAAGGGCGCUUGACGGUCGGUGAUGUGAUCACCUGUUUCCACUCGUGCAUAUUGUUAGGCUCCACCAUCAAUGGUGCUCUCCAUCAAUUGGUCUACUGGCAGAAGGGAACAGUGGCCGCGAAUCAGAUCUCAAAGUUCUUGGAGACCUCCCAGGUAUUGCCCGCUCAGCAAUCCGGGCCUCAAUUUGCGCCGGCGGGUAGACUCAGAGGAGAUAUAUGUUUCAAGGACGUCGAUUUCACAUAUCCAAGCAGACCACAAGAACAAGUCCUUCGAAAGCUAUCACUGAACUUUACAGCGGGAAAGACCACCUUCAUUCUUGGCAAGUCGGGGUCAGGCAAAUCUUCCCUGGCCAAUUUACUGUUGAAAUUCUAUGCAUUCCAAAAUGGAUCUAUAUGUGUUGAUGGCACAGAUAUUGGCUACCUUGACCAAGAAUCUCUGAUUAAAAGCAUUACAGUAGUCGAGCAACGCUGCACCAUUUUCAACGGAACUUUGCGAGACAAUAUUGCCAUAGGCCUGGACGAAAGUAAGCGCAAGGAUGAAGCAGAACUGGUGAAACUGGUCUGCAGGAUAUCGUUGCUCGAAAGGUUCAUCCAUGAUCUGGAUGACGGGCUAUCCACCGUGGUAGGAAAUGGUGGUUUAUCGCUCAGUGGGGGACAGCAGCAAAAGGUGGCUAUCGCACGAGCGCUAAUAAAGGACCCCCCUGUACUUAUCCUGGAUGAAGCGGUAUCAGCUCUUGAUGUUUUACAACGCUCAUUGAUCAUAAAGGCUAUAAGAGCCCAUAGGGAAGACAAAACGACUAUCAUCCUGACACAUGAGCUGGAUCAGGUAGGACCCGACGAUUACUGUUACAUAAUCGAUCAAGGCGCAUGCAUCGAACAAGGUUACGGUGGCCAGUUAAAUAUCGAUUCUUCCACGAAUUUUUACACUUGGAAACAUUUGCAUCACGACGAGGAGAACGACACCGAUAUUAGUUCACAAUUAACAUCUGUUGAAACACCAACUGAUGUGAAACACAAGGUAUUCGAAAGCGUGAUAGAUUUUGAAGCUGAAACUCCAAGGACCGAGAAAGAAGUAAGUUAUUUCUCCCAAGAUCCAGAAUCAUGCAUGGCUUAUACUAGCUACUCUAGGUCAAGGAAAACAAGGCAAAGGGUUUUGGUCGGCGAGCAAUCCGAGAAGAUCCCAUCAAUUUCGCUGAAGGACAACCAAACGCUAGUUCCCAUUCAUUUAAUAUUGAAACGAAUGUUCAUGCUGAGACGAAGAAGAAUAUUGCUUCUUUUAGGAGUUUUGUGCUCGCUCAUAGCAGGGGCUGCCAAUCCUAUAUUCUCCUAUACUUUUAGCUAUCUUCUGAAUGGAAUUGCUCCUCAAGAGAAUGGGGUGGGAUCAGACGGUUAUCUGCUGAAGUGGUCCCUGAUAGUAAUCGGGAUGGCGGCUGCAGAUGCCAUCUUUAACUUUGCAAAGGACUUCCUGUUGGGGUAUUGUAGCGAAUGCUGGAUCCAACAGCUGAGAAAUGAAGUUAUGCAAGGAAUUAAUAUGGCACAACUAAAAUGGUUCGCAAGAGAAACCAACAAGGCGUCAGAAGUUUCGGCUUUGUUGCUGAAUGAUUUACGUGACGCAAGAGCUUUGGCUUCAGAUUUUGUGAGUACCGUUUCCACUUUUAUGGUAGUAUCAUCGGUAGGUCUCGUGUGGGCGCUCGUAAGUGGAUGGAAACUUAGUCUAGUGUGCAUAUCCACAUUUCCACUCAUCAUUUUCUUUUCUGCAUUUUAUGGCAUGCUUCUACAGAAGCAGGAGACCCAGUACAAGACAGCAGUUGCAGACCUCGAAAAUUUACUAUACGAAAUAACUAACGGAAUAAAGACGAUUAGGCGGCUUCAUCUUGAAGCAUCUUUUCUUGAGCGAUAUUCGAAGCUUGAAGAAAAGAUGGCAAAAAUAGCUUCACGGCGUGCCUUAUCCACCGGCUUAGGAAUUGCAGUUCUAGAGGCUCUAACGAUGUGUAUCCAGGCAAUCCUGUUUUAUUAUGCAUUGACACUAGUAUUCAAAGGUCAAUACACGACAAACAAGAUGUUCGAAACCCUCACUCUACUGCUAUUUACAAUAAUGACAAGCAAUACACUGGUCAACCAAAUACCAGAUAUCAGUCGAGGACAGAGAGCUGCGGACUUUGUUUUCAGAAUGAUAAGAGAAACUAAACGUGUUUCAAGCGCACAAGACAGCCUACCAGCUACUGGCGAGAUUGAGGAUCUGCCCACCGUUAUCUCCAUAAAGAAUUUGACUUUCGCCUAUCAUACGUCGCCUUCGAUUAAUAUCUUCGAUAACUUGAGCUUAGAGCUCCCAGCAGGUACGACGGUUGGCAUAGUUGGCGAAUCGGGAUCUGGUAAGUCUACGUUAAUCACACUUCUCACUAAACUGCAUGAAGCUGAAUCUGGAACCAUCCAAAUAGAAAACAAGAAUAUCAAUGAUUGGAAUACACGGGAUUUGCGUAGCCAAAUUGCUGUCGUCGAACAAAGACCAACUCUAUUUCCCGGCUCAGUCAGGGAAAAUCUAGUCUACGGUUUGAUGAGAGAGGUACUCGAAGUCGAAAUAUAUGAUCUCCUGAAGUAUGUUGGAAUACACGAUUUCAUUAAGAAUUUGCCGUUGGGGUUAGAUGCUCCGAUAGAUCAGGAUUUACUAUCAGGCGGACAAGCUCAAAGGCUUUGUAUAGCUAGGGCAUUACUCCGCAAACCAAGGAUCUUGAUCCUUGAUGAGUGUACUUCAGCUUUGGACCCAGAAAGCUCACAUAUUAUCAAUCAUAUCGUCAGGGAAGGUCCACCGGCUCGCUUGACGAUCUCUAUAACGCACAAUGUGGACAUGAUGAAGGCCUGCAGUGAACUGGUUUUCCUGAAAAACCGUAAAGUAGCCGGCAAAGGAAGCUUUGAAAAUCUUUACAUGCAGAAUAAAGCCUUUCAGACCCUUGUAUCCAGUCAUUACUAG